AUGGCUACCACAUCCAUGGAUUACGAGGCCGCCAAUGGCGACCGCUACGAUGACGAGGCUCCUCGUUACGAGCGCGACAACCGCAGCGCUUCCCCUCGUCCCAUCCGCGAUGAUGGCGACUCUGGACGCCGUCGCUCUGCUUCGCCCGCUGGUAACGGCGACCGUGGCAACAAGGACGAGACUGGCUCCAAGGGUGGCGAUGAUGACGGCGCUAUCAACCCUGGCUCCAACCUCUUCGUCACCGGCAUCCACCCUCGUCUGACCGAGUCUGAGGUCACUCGUUUGUUCGAGAAGUACGGUGAGGUUGAGAAAUGCCAGAUCAUGCGCGACCCUCACACCAAGGAGUCCCGUGGUUUCGGCUUCGUCAAGAUGGUCACCUCGGACCAGGCCGAUGCUGCCAAGGAGGGUCUGCAGGGAGAGCAGAUCGAAGGUCGUACUCUCAGCAUCGAGAAGGCCCGACGUGCUCGUCCUCGCACUCCCACCCCGGGCAAGUACUUUGGUCCUCCCAAACGUGAGGGCGGCGGCGGCGGCCGCGGCGGCGGUCGAUUUGGCGACCGCUAUGAUGACAGACGUCGUGGUGGUUACGGAGGCGGCUACGGAGGUGGUGGCGGUGGCGGCGGCUACGGCCGCGAUGACCCCUACCGUUACCGUGGCUACGACAGACGCGGCUACGACGACCGCAGCGGUGGCUACGAGCGCGGCUAUCGUGAGGACCGAGGCUACGACCGCAGCUAUCGCGAAGACCGUGGUGGCUACGAGAGACGCGACCGCGGCAGCGGCGGUGGCGAUGACAGCUACAGCGGCGGCGGCGGCCGAGUGGACCGCUACGGUGGUGGCGGUAGCCGCGAGGACCGCGGUGAUCGCUACGCCCGUGGUGGCCCUGAUGAACGUCGCGGCGGCGCUGGCUACGAGCGUGAGCGCGGCUACGACAGGCCCGCUGAUCGCGACGGUGCUCGUUCUCGCGAUGCCCCUGCUGCCGGUGCAGGUUACAGCGAUGCGCCUGCCCGCUCUGAGGCCCGUGAGCCCUACGGAGGUUGGAUUAUUUGA